AUGCUUCCACAUCCUCCCUGUCAUCAACAAGAACAGUAUUAUCACCGUCAUCAUCACUAUCAUCAUCAUCAUCAAUAUCGACAGCACCCUCCACAAUAUCAACAACAGUAUCAACAGCAUCAACAACAACAACAACAACAAUGUAUUCCUCCUGGUAUGAAUGGACAUGAUACAUCUGUUGGAAUGACGACUGUUCUUCUCCCUCCACCGGCAGAUAAUAAUAAAUUGCCGUACAUUCCCCAGCAGAGACCCCAAUAUGAACAAUAUCAACAACAACAACAGUAUGAUAUGAGUCUAUUAAAUAGAUCCCCAUUCCCAGUAACACCACAAUCCCGCAACCCUAAUGGAAAUGGAUCCAACAAUUGCACAGAUAACAGUAUUCUAAAUGGAUCCAACAAUCAUCAUCAUUAUUAUCAACAACAAAAUCAAAAUCAAUCCACUAUUCCUAAUGCUCCAAAUGGUAUCUAUGGACACAGAGCCCCGCAGGUAUUUAUAUCUCCCGUAACGGGAAAACCACCGGUGGCCCGUGGACCACAGCCGGAUUGUGUAGAGCCCACACGCCCAAAGGGAAAUAGAAAAAAACGUUUACGCCAACAUGUGCGGUAUAGACUUCCCUACGAUCCCAGGCGGGAAAUGUGGGUCGAUCAAUUAGCGUACACCAGACGUGUGGAGUCUCCCAGUGAAGAGUCCCUAAUCGCAUUAGGGGCCAUCACCCGACGGACUUCAAUAGAUCAGAGAGGAGGAGGAGGUGGUGGUGGUAGAAGGAAUCAUCAUAAUAAUUAUUAUAAUAAUUAUAAUAAUUAUUAUAAUAAUAAUGACGACAAGGACUUGCGAAGAUGUCAUAGUGUGAGGCCGGGUGGUUUUGUGUGGAGAUUUAUGCGAUUGUUUAAGUGA